GGACGUAUGAAACCGGGGGCGGAGUCGGUUGAUAAACGUGCGUCCAGCUGAAGGGAAGCUGCGAGUGUACCGAGGUUCUCCUUCCGCCGUCCGUAUGUGCAGAGAGCAGUCUGAUAUCGCUGGGAGGAAAAUGUCAUGCGGGCUGUGGAAAGAGACCCUGGCUCUGGCGGAGGACUACCUGUCCAUCUGCUGCACAAGCCCACGGCCAGCCCCUCCACCUCCCAGCGAGUCAGCCACUGCCAUGAGACGAAUGGCCCAGGACAUGGAGAAGCAGUACCAGGCUCGUUUCCACUCCCUCGCUCAGACCUUCCUGAGGCAGUGUGGGCCAGACCCCUGCUCCAGCCUCAGGAAGGUGAUGGAAGAGCUGGUGGGUGACGGACGCUUGAACUGGGGGAGGGUUGUGUCCCUUUUCACCUUUACUGGGGUGCUGGUCAGACAGCUACUGGAGCAGAAGGGCGUGAAGCCGGGGCUGGACCCCGGGCAGGGACAGGAACUGGAACAGGGGCCUGGAAGCUGCAGGGGACUGGCAGAGACCAUAGCUGAUUACCUGGGAGAGGAGAAGAAAGACUGGCUGCUGGAGAAUGGUGGAUGGGAGGGGUUCUGUAAGUUCUCCCGCAGUGCCAGAGAGGUGAGCCAGGACUCGUCGAUGAAGACAGCGCUGUUUGCUGCUGCUGGUGUGGGCCUUGCUGGGCUCACCUUCCUCCUGGUGCGCUAGUUCCGGCUUGUACAUCAUUAACACAUCCUCAUCCAUGUUCUCAUUUCAUUUGUCACAUUUAAGUAGAUAUGUGAAUUUUUAAUAUUAAUGCUGCAAAAACAGGCUUAAUCUGUAGUGAAUUCAGGGUUGUGAGUCAUCAACUGAAUGUUUGCACAUACUCGGACCCCCCCAACACACACACACACACACACAUUAAUACUGACAUUUUGUCACUUGCUCCUUUUUAAGAUUGUAAAAAUGAUCUCAAUGCCUUCAUAAACUUAGGAGUAAGUUACAUCAGUUUGCUUAUUUUUGACAGGUUAAUUACUAAAGCACAGGUUUUUACACCACCUUGCUCUCAAAGUUUGUAUUUUCUACUGUGCAGCUAAAAAAAACUCUUAAUUUCAAUUUUCCCACAGCUUUUGGUUUUGAUUUUAAAAUUGUCGGCUGCCUUUUAUUCACGUGUUUACCUGAGUUGUGUUUGUGGUAUAGAACCAUUCUAGUGUAUAAUGUAUAAAUUAAUAUAUUAUAUUUAUAUGAAAUGAAACUGUAAAGCAGUGGCCCUUUUCUAACCGAUCCACAGCUAAUUCAGUUGUUUCAUUGUAUAAGUCUGUCCUACAUUCAUGUGAAAUGUCUGAUUUUAUAUGGUCAAAGGAGCUGAGUGCUAACGACCAUACAACGGUGCUAUAAUAUGUUGUGAAAUGUUUCUCAUAUCAAUCUACCAAACCAGGGACCAAUCUGACUUUACACACAUUACUGCUAGAUCAAACCGUUGCUAUGGCAUUCCCCCCAACCCCCAGAUCUCUUAAACAUUAUAUUUUUACAUUGUUUUGUUCUAUUUAUUUGUCACUGUCUUUGUAAUAAAAAAGAAGCAAUCA